CGUAUGAAGACGAACGAAUUAACCAAAGACUUCAAGGUUUAAGAUGAUUUAUCGAAUUUCCGGCACGCCGCAAACUGCUCCCUUAGCAUCCCUCCAGACCCCCCCCGGCCCUGGAAAGUCCUACAAUGGUACCUAGUAGUCUUAGUAAUAUCGGUCACUCUCUUCUCUCUUUUCUCUUAUUUUCUCUCUUAUUUUGUGUCUCCUCCUCUUCCCUCUUCCCCUCUCCUGUGAGAUGUUAGUGUCAGCCUCUCCUUAAAGCUAAGGGUAUUUCCAUUCUAUUCCUUGGCCCCCUUACCUACUUCUCUUUUUCCAAACUGCCCACCUAGUACAAAGUCCUGAACUGAACGUGGUUUCCUCCCUCCUACGGUUUGAACUACGUGAUCAUCCACCUCCUCCUCACUUACGUGCUUUCCUUUCAAGUUGGCAAAAAUUGGAAGGUAACUGGAUACUUGACACUUUCCUCUUAAAAUAUUUACCUACCUAGUCAAGCAGUGUGUAGAUUUACUUUUACCUGACUUUCGGAAAUCAUGUCGGCCGUAUUCCCAGCACCGCAUUCGGAGGCUGGAUAUCUAAAUCAGGACGGUGAAGGCCGUACCGUCAUGGCGGAGGUGCCUGUGACCAUAUCUCCAACCCCUAAGAAACCUAAGCAACAAACUCCCCAGCAAGCCAUUGACGAUUUCUGGGCUAAGUUUACUACCAAGGCCCCUGGGAAAGCAACUACUGUUAUUCCGCAUAAUGAGUACGCUGAAAAAGCAGCGAAACGAUCGGCCAAGGCUGUUGGCACAAACACUCAGACGUCGUACGAAGAAGCCGCUGCCGUCUGCAAAGCCAAGGUCGCCAAAAUCGUAAAGGAGUGUCGCCGAGUGAAUCAGAAAUACCGAGAUCCUCAUUUUGAUCUUGAGUCUGACUUGAAAUGGGGGAGUCGUGAUACGCUUGAGUCACUCAGCAACAUCGAAGAUAAGCCAGACUCAGACUUCAGCCCGAAGAGCGUCAAGCGUGUGGUCGACAUCUUUGAUGAUCCUAAGUUUUAUAUCGAGGGUCCCACCGCUAAUGACGUCAGACAGGGUCGUGACGGCGACUGCUGGCUGCUUGCUGCUCUCUGUACCCUCAGCAACAAACCUAGCUUGAUUGAGAGGGUGUGCGUAGCUCGCGACGAGCAAGUUGGUGUCUACGGCUUCGUUUUCCACCGCGACGGCGAGUGGAUCUCCGAGAUCAUCGAUGACAAGUUGUUUCUCACCAAACCCGAUUUUGACGAGAGUUUUCUUGAGCGCAUGCUUUGGGAAGAUCGCGAAAGGAUCAAUUCUGAAGAGCAAUACCGAAAGGCCUACCAGAGUGGGUCCGGCGCCUUGUACUUUGCUCAAUGUGAGCAUGAAAACGAGACCUGGCUGCCACUGCUCGAGAAGGCCUAUGCCAAGGCGCACGGGGACUACACAGCGAUCGAAGGUGGCUAUACCGGUGAGGGUAUCGAGGACCUCACCGGCGGAGUUACCUCGGAGCUCUAUGCCUCAGAUAUCCUGGACAAGGAGUACUUCUGGAAAGAGGAGCUCAUGAAAGUCAACGAUGAGUUUCUCUUCGGAUGCUCUACAGGUAUGUGGGGCGUGGGAUGGGGUGAACGCAAGGGGAUCGUCGAACUUCAUGCCUAUUCGAUCAUGAAGGCUGUUGAUAUAGACGGCCACCGCCUUGUCUUGUUGAAGAACCCAUGGGGAAAGGGAGAAUGGAAGGGCGCAUGGGCUGACGGCAGCAAAGAAUGGACGGCAGAAUGGUUGCUUAAGCUCAAUCAUCGCUUUGGCGACGAUGGCAAUUUUUGGAUCUCGUAUGACGAUCUACUUCGUAAAUACCAGGCUUUCGACCGAACUCGACUCUUUGGACCGGAGUGGAAGGUUACCUCCCUUUGGACCACGCUUUCGAUUCCUUGGACACUAGAUUACCACGAUACUUAUUUCGAUUUCUCGCUAGCAAAGGCCGGCCCGGUUGUCAUCGUGCUUUCUCAGCUUGACGAUCGAUACUACCGUGGCCUUGAGGGCCAGUACCGGUUCGAACUAAAUUUUCGCUUGCAUAAGAACGGACAAGAAGACUAUGUCGUACGCAGCAUUAACCCAUACUGUCAGAAUCGUUCGGUCAAUGUGGAGUUGGAGUUAGAAGAAGGCGAAUACACUGUCCUGCUAAAAAUCAACGCGACUCGCUACAUGAGUAAGCUGCCGAUAGAGGAGGUUGUUCGGAACAAUGCGCGAGAUCGUAGGGACAAGUUGGUUGCUGUCGGGAUGUCUUAUGAUCUAGCCCACAGCAAAGGGAAGAUCAUAGAAACCCCCGAGGAAAAGAAAGCCCGAAAGGAAGCGGAGAAGCGAAAAAAGGAGAAGGAGCGCCAGGAGUUUAAGAAGAAGAUCAUGCAAGAUCGUAAAAAUGAACAUUAUCUCCACGUCAAGGUUCACAAAAAGAACCAGGAAAUAAAAGCAAAGGCUAAAGCGAAGGCACAGGCCAAGAAAGCUGCUAAAGCCGAGAAGCUGAAGUUCAAGAUGGCUGCCGAGGAGGCCAAAGGUUCCAAAGAACAGCAACCAGAACCUGACAAGGAAAAGCAUGUUCAAGUAGUGUCUCCAAGUCAGACCCCGGAGCCAGAAUCCAAAGAACCAGGUUCUGAAUCAAUUACUGAUCCCAAAAUCGAGACUCCGUCUACAGAGCCCAGCAAGACCACUCCAGAGCCUGAUAAAACUUCUACGGAUGUAUCACCAAAAUCUGAAGAACAGCUUGAGGUAUCAAGUUCGGGUGAGAUUAUCGGCUCUGUUAAGGUUGAAGAUAACGUCGACCUAAUUAAAGGGCCGGCGGAAUCGAAAGGUGAAAGCCCCAAACUGGACGAAGAUGACAAGUCUCAGGAGAAAGGAGAAAGUCAGGAUGAUGAAGAGUCUUCAUCUGACGAGAGCGAUAUCUUAUCGGUCUCUGAGAUUAGUGAUCGAGAAUUAGACAUUCGACUCGAACGCCAGGCCAAUGAACCUACACUACCUUCUCCCCCGCCACCUGUGGGAUUGCCGGAUGAGGAGGAGGACGAGUUCGAGAGCAAUCCGUGGAAUGCUGUCACAACUGUCGGCUUGCGUGUGUACUACAAGGUGGUGGAUGAGGAUAAGGAUAAAGAGAUUGUAAAGUUGCGCGUAGUUCGUCCAAACCCAUAUGCGGACGACAAGAAAGACAAGGACGACAGCGAGAGUGAUAAGGACGAUGACGAGGAUGAUGAGGAGGAUAUCGCUGACGGCAAGCAGAACGAGCCAAAGAGUUCCAAAGGCCUCGACGUCGACGACAGCUCCAAAGAUGCUACUUUAGAAGGGGAUAAUGAGCAAAGAAGAAAGAGCAUCUUAUCUUUAAUACCAACUCCUUAGUAAAGAUGGAUUGUCAUGAAAAUGUACGA